ACCUGAAAUUUGUAGCAAUUUGUAGAGGAGAAUUCCAAGUAAAAUACUUUGUAAUUUUUUAAUAUUAGUGGAAAUUUUAAUAAUCAUUACUCAUACGAUUUAUCUUUCGAACGAUUACAUUUUGUGUCUGUUGUGUUACGAACUUAAGUGAUUAUCUUUUAAUAUUUAUGCGAUGAAUUUCUGAAAAAGUUGAUAUCAAACAAUAGUGUUAACUGUUUUAAUUUAUUUGUUAUUGUUCUCGUUUUGAGGUGAGUGUUCGAAUAAUAUAAUUUACGUUCACAAAUUAUCGACAAUCACUUAAGUGGGUAACAAACAAAAUAUUAAUCUCCCACUUCGCUAGAAACGUAUAGAAAAUAUGUAUCUAUAUAAAAUAAUUUCACUUUAGAAAUUUCACAUGAUUUGCCUUGGAAAUUCGUUCAAAUCCAUUCGAAAUGAUGGUAUUAUUGUAACCUUCCUCUUUAAUUUCCACAUAUUUAAAACAAUUAGACAUAUUUACGAAAAUCGAUGACCCGACCUUGAAAAAACGAGGUAGAAAUCUACCAAAAUUCACGUAAAAUUCUGGCUACAUUGAUGUGUCUCUGCCCACUCAAUAUUAAAAUACACUUUGCGAGUGGGUUACCUUACUUUAGUGUGCUAAGUGGGAGUUAAUCAUUUAAUAAUGUACACCUAGAUACCAUUUUUUAUCUUUUACCAUCAAAAAUAUGCAACUAAAUAGUUGGUUAAAAAAAACUGGGGCUUAAAGAUACUAGUAGCACCAAAAUGGUGGACUAUUACAGAGUCCUUGAGGUGCUAAAAACCGCUACAACAGCAGAAAUUAAAAAAGCAUAUAGGAAAUUGGCUUUGAAAUGGCAUCCCGAUAAAAAUCCAGAUAAUCUUGAAGAAGCAACCAAAAAAUUUAAAGAAAUUUCAGAAGCCUACGAAGUAUUAUCUGAUGAGAAAAAGCGACGCGUUUACGAUGAAUACGGUAAAGAAGGAUUAAUAAAUGGAGGCAGUCGCGGAAGGAGCAGACACGAAGACGAUUUCGAUCUAGGAGGAUUUGGAUUCUUCACUUUCAGAGAUCCAGAAGAUGUGUUCAGAGAAUUUUUCGGUGCCACAGUAUUUGAUCUAUUAGAUCCUCAUUCUAGAGACAGAAGACGUCACAGACAUUCUCACCCUCAAAAUGCCCUAAGCACAUCGAUGUUUAGUCCUUUCGGUUUACAAAUCGGUGGAGGGUUGAUGGACGAUUUUUUCAAUACGGGUCCUCACACGGGUGGUUUUACAUCAUUUAGUUCAAUAAACGCUUCGUUUAACGGCGCCCCGAGUAACGCUAAUGUUAAAAGGACCUCAACUUCUACGAGAUUCGUGAACGGAAAGAAAAUUACAACAAAAAAGAUCUACGAAAAUGGCAAAGAAACCGUAUUAUCAUUCGAAAACGACGUGCUGAAAUCAAAGACUGUCAACGGGGUUUCUCAAAGUAUAACUUACAGUUAAAUAAUUAAUUUUGAAUAAUUAUUUUUUUUUUCCACUUUAGCCUAAUUGUAGUACUUACACAACUUUUUCAAUAGGACAUAUAAAUAUUAUUCCCAUUGAAGCUCAACGCUAGUGUAAUCCUAUAUCGCGGUAAAAUCGUGUUAAUUGUUCUUAUUUUGAAAAAUAUAGAUGUGUCAAGGUGUACAAUUAGUUUAAGUUGUUCGUAAUAACCAUAUUCUGAUUCGAAACAAAUUUGCACACACACCUUGGAUUUUUUUUGGUAUUACAGUGGAGACUUGAUUAACCGGACUAAAAAUUAUCUAAUAAAACCAACAAUAAUGAAGAAUUGAACAUAUGUAUCAUUUAGUUUAAUUGUUUCUAAUAUUUGGUAUCUUUCGUUCGAAUAAAAUCUGUUAAACACAGAUAAACGAGCUUCCACUGUACUUAGAAGAUUUAAUCGUUGUCAAAUUUCAAAAUACUUCUAGAUGUACAUCAAGAAAUUCUAGUGGACAGAUCGAGACGUUGAGUUGGUCUUUUUCUUUCCCUUAUAUCCGGUACAAAUGAACCUAGUCGAAAUAAAAAGUUGUCACUGUCUUCGGUUACUCCAUUUUACAAUUUCUUGACAUUUCGGUAGUUUAGUGUAUAUGUCAUCGUUUAAAUAAAAAAUAUUUGUGACAAAGCACUGAUCCGAUUUAAAACCAGGCUUUGCUGAUAUUCACUAACAAAUUAAUAUAUUAAUAAUGCUUGGUCUUUAUCUCUUUAUAUUUUACCGAAUAAAUCAUUUUUUUUUCAGUUCCAUUCCUUUAAUGACAUUAAUUUGUGCGUUAAUUUUUUCUUUAUUUAUUAAAAACAAAAAUAUAAAAUAUUAAGGGUAAAGAUUAUGAAGUGAAUUUCAGUAAACCUCUAUUGUAACCUCACUACAUUGGCUUCAGCAGUGAAUUGACUGUAAUUAUAAUUAAUUUUAAGGAUACGUUGUUAAAUUACAACUCCCAAUUAACUUGUAAAUUUGUCAUUCUAAAUUUUAUUUUAUUAUAUAGUUAUAAUAAAAUAUUACUCAUC